AUGUCGAAGAUCUACCUGCACUAUGAAGGAGAGCGGGGCCCCGACCACACGUUCAUUUGGCGCAAGGCAGGCGGCCUGCCCUUCAUUGGCCGCGAUCUGGGGGAGGCUCUUUCGGGAUUUGUCGAGAGCUACGGCAAGAAACACGGGCGAGAGGCGUACGACCAAGGCAAGGGCAUGGACGCCUCCCGGCUCCGGCUCGUGGCCGACCCCCCGGACCCGUUGGGGGCGGCAGCAACGGCAGCGAAGGCGGUUGUUCUUGACGUCACCUCGAACGCAGCGGUGGACCGGGCCAUAGUGCACACGGGAUGCGACAUCAGGGUCGAGGAGGGACCUACGGGAGACGAGAACGGCAAAGUGAAGGAGCAGAAGUCGGCGGGCGGUGGUGCGACAAGCGUAGGGGCGCCGGCGCCGGCCGCGGCGGCGCCGGCGCCGGUAGCAGAGGGCGUAGCGGCAGCGAAGGCGGGACCGAACGUGGCUGCGAGGGCCAAGAAGCUGGCCAUCAAGGCGGAGAAGAUGAUGGCUCGGAAAAACCUUCGCGGUGCAAGGGACGUGGCCAAAGAGGCUCUUGAGGCCGAUCCCAGGAACGCAAGGGCGCUGAGAUGCCUGGCGGACACUUACUACAAGGCCGGCCUCAUUGACGAGGCUUUCGCUGCCACCAAGGAGUGCUGCUCAAAGGCAAGCGACGGCGGAUCUCCGGCCGACUUCCUUUUGGCCGGAAGGUGCCUCACGCAGUUAGAGAGGUACCACGAAGCCACCACAGCCCUUGGCAGAGCCCGGACCGCGGGUCAGGGAGGCCUUGUCGAUGAUGCCGAUGCUGCCUUGGCUUUCUGCCGGUUCAAGAUGGGGGACGCCCCCGGCGCUGGAAACAUGUACAUGGAGGUGCUGCAGAGGACCGGCGAGAAACACAUCGAGUCGCUGGUGGGCUACGGACGCCUCGCGCUCUUGUUCAAACAGACGGACAAAGGUGUGCCUUCGCUGCUCAGGGCUAUCAUGUCGGACCAGGACAACAAAGAGACGAGGAAGGUCUUGGCGGGUUCGCUCGGCAUCCCGGAGGGCAUGAAAGCGUUCAAGGCUCAGGUGGUGCCUUCGAAAGAGACUUCGUCGGUCUACUCGUUCCUCGCCACGGUUACCAAAGACUAUGGCGAGAUCGACGCCUCCGUUCAACUCCUCGAGGUGGCGGCGUCGAUCGACCCUACCAACGCUUCCUGCGCGCUCGGCCUUGUGCACGGCCACGAGAUUAGGGCGGACUACGCCAAGGCCUUAGCCUCAGCCAAAUCGUUCCUGGCACGAAAUCCCAACGGAGGCGUUGGCGCUAGGGGCGUCAGGAACAGCGCCGUUCUCAAAGUCUUGGAAGGCGUGUCCGCCUGCUCCUCCUCCUCGCUCUCCUCCCCGCCCCCGGUGUUCGAGGACCUCGGGAAGGUGGUGCACUGGACCACCCUGCCCGACGGAGGCUUGUCCUCCUCCCGGGCGCCACCAGCUGCAGGGUCCAGCGAUGAGGACAACAUCAGCUUCGCGUGGUGCGACGACGACGAUGCUACCGCCUCGACGCGGGCGACUGUGACAGCCGUCGAGGAUGAUGGGAUGGAGGUGGAGGUGGAGAGGGAGGGCGAGGGGGAACGGAGCGGGAGAGAGGUGUACAAGGGUCUGCUGCAGGCGGGCGGCGGGGGGAAGGAGAUGUACGCGCCAGAGCACUUGGACGUCCUCGCGCUCUACUUCGCGAUCGUCAAGAUCUUGUACCUGGAGGGGAAGUGGUCGUGCCUCCCUCAGCUGCUGGAGCUAGUGGAGCCGGCGCGGUUGCGCUCCCUCAUGCCUCUCCACAAGACCACCAUCAGGAACGAGCAGGCGUACUACUGCUGCAUCACGCAGCUGCUGGCAUCGUGGACCCGUCGCAGUUGCACCGCCUCCGGCGGCGUCGAGGAAGAGAAGAAAUCAGCCGAAGGCGACGGUAGCGACGACAAGGAGGCCGUCUACGUUUGCGGGGACUCGCACACGCUCACCCCGGCUUGGCACGAGGUCACGGUGGGCGGAAAGCGGCGGGUUCUGCGGCCGGCUCUGGUGACCGGGCUCAAGCACUGGCACCUGAGGCCCGAGAGCGACUUCUACCCCAAGAGGAACUUCGAGAGCGUGAUGGCCAAGGUUCCCAACGGUUCGGCGGUGGUUUUCAUCCUCGGAGAGAUCGACUGCCGCGAAGGAAUCCUUGUCGCCGUUGAGAAGCUCCGCUACAAGACCGCCGAGGAGGGCAUCGAGCACACGGUCGGCAUCUUUAUCAAGGUGGCCGAGGCCUUGUCGCGGGAGCGGGGGCUAAGGAUCUUCGUGCACCCUGUGAUUCCAGUGCUAGACGAGACCCGUGGCAUGGUCAAGACCUACAACCGCGUGUUCCGGCGCAUGGUGGACAAGUCCAAGCACCUCCACUGGCUCGACUUCUUCGAGCAGCUGCUGGACGACACAGGCAGCAGCCUUCGACCAAACUUCCGCCUGGACGGCACCCACCUCGCCGCAGGCUACGUGGGCCUCCUCGAAAAGGCACUGGCGGAUGCCUGGGUGGAGCGGCGGGGGGGACGCGGGAGCUGCGUGUGCGGGGUGGCGGUGGAAAGGGCUGCCGUCAGUGGACACGGGCGGGCCAACUAG